CCUCCACGUAAAGGCGGCCGAUUCGUUUGCGAGGUAGACGCCUCCUUCGCGUGUCUAGGCGCGUUCCACUUCUUCUGUCUUCUCUGCCUUGCAACAAGUGUGCACAUUCCACGUUUUUUUUCUGUUUUCUCCUCGCUGCGACCGUGGUCGUGGCUCCUCGUUGACCCGACGUUUCGCUUUUUUACUGGCCGUGGGAGCUUUUCCGCCUCUGCGACGUCUUUUUUUUUCUCGAAUCUUUCUAGUCAAGUACUCACAGGUUUGUUCCUUCCCGACGGUCGUUAGGGGAAACUGGCCUCCGACACCGACAGGCGAUUCGUAGCCUCUCACGUUCUUUGUGUCUCGCGUCGUCUCGCCGUCCGCAAGAUGCCGACAGUCAGCGUCCCCCGUGACGAGCUCUUCAGAAGGCUCGGCCGCACAUACUCUGUCCACGAGUUUGAAGAGCUCUGCUUCGAGUUCGGCAUUGAACUGGACGAGGUCGUGGAACCGGGGAAAGACGGUUCCACCGAGACGAUUUACAAAAUCGAGGUUCCCGCAAACAGAUAUGAUCUUCUCUGCACCGAAGGCAUUUCGCGUGCCUUGUACGCCUUCAACAAUCCGGACGCGCCUCUGCCUGCGUAUCGCCUGGAGCCAGCUACGCCCCAGUUCACCAUGACCGUCAAACCUGCGGUCAACCAAGUCAGACCGUUUGUCGUGUGCGCCAUUCUGAGGAACGUGACGUUGACCAAGGCAGGUCUCGCGUCGUUCAUUGAAUUUCAAGACAAACUGCACCAUACGCUUUGCAGGCGGAGGUCGUUGGUGGCUAUUGGAACCCACGAUUUGUCGAAGAUCCAGCCGCCGUUUGUCUACGAUGCACGGCCUCCGAAGAAUUUCGAAUUCGUGCCUCUCGGAUGCGAUAGCCAGAUGAACGGCGAGCAAGUCAUGGCACACUUUUCAAGUCACUUGCAACUAAAAGCCUACCUGCCGCUUAUUCAGAACUCUCCUGUUUAUCCUCUAAUUCUCGACGCAAAGGACCGGAUUCUCUCUCUGCCUCCCAUCAUCAACUCCGAGUUCUCCAAAGUCACUGAAGACACUCGAGACAUCUUCAUUGAGUGUACCGCUGUGGACAUUACAAAGGCGCAGAUUGUUUUGAACACGCUGGUUGCGAUGUUUUCUGAAUACUGCAAAGAGCCUUAUACAGUUGAGCCGAUUCGCGUGGUUUACGAAGACCCAUCGAGUGCACCUAUAGAUCGAAGUGUGAAGUGUCAGGGCGAAGCGUCCCUGCAGAACGGCAGCGCGUCGAUGAAUGGAUGGGUUUUCCCCAGAGUCAACAGCCGAAGCAUGCCGUUCUCCCUCGACUACGUUCGCCAACUCACCGGCAUUCCUGACUUGACCGCUGACGCAUGCGCCAACCUUCUGAAGAGAAUGAUGAUUCACACUUCCAUCGAGAAGGCGACGCAGGCCGGCAUUCUGGAGGCCUCGAUCCCCAUCACGCGAAGCGACAUUCUGCACGAGCGCGACAUUGUUGAAGAUGUGGCAAUUGCAUACAGCUUCAACCGACUGCCUGUCACUCGGUCGUACAUGCUGACGGGAGACGCGCUGAAUUGUUUGUCGGAGAAAAUUCGAAAUUUCUGCACCGUGUGCGGCUACACGGAGGCCCUCAACUUCUCGCUUUCGUCUGCCGCAGAGAAUUCCUCCAGUCUCGGCAGAACGCCUGGAGACGGGAAGAGUUCUCUCUUCAAUCCCCUCGAGUACCAAGUCAAUGCACAGCCCGUGCGCCUGGCGAACUCGAAAACACGUGAAUUUGACCAAGUGCGGACGACUCUCAUUUCCGGACUCCUCAAGACCAUCGUUGCGAACAAAGGGCGACGCGAACUUCCUAUCAAACUGUUCGAGAUUGGGGACGUCUGCCUGCUCGAUUCCACCACGGAGGUCGGAGCGCGCAACUUGCGGUACUGCUGCCUCGCGUUUGCUGAUGAACACUCGUCUGGACUGGAAGAAGUCCACGGCGUGCUGGACGCCCUUUUGCAAAGUCUGCAGUUUGUUGGAGAGUACGCCAUUGCGGAAAUGGAGGCUGCCGUCGCUGCCGCUGCAGCGGCCGAGAAGGCUGGCUGCGAGCAUGCAAGCGCGCAUGCAACGGAGCAGCUCCAGCGCACGCUGUCGAGGAUUCGUGGCACGUUCAAGCUUGUGCCUUCUCACGAAGAAACCUUCCUUCCCGGUCGGCAGGUGCAAGUGGUGGCGAGUCUCAAGUCGAGUGGCGACAUGGAAAAUGUACCCGUGCUUCUGGGGGUCAUGGGGACGUUGCACCCUCACACCUUGAAGGCUUUCGGCCUCACGAUUCCCGUCUCCAUUUUCGAGCUGAACGUCGAAGCCUUUGUCCAGUGGCUCCCGGCAAUCGACCUGGUCGUCGGCUAAAGCAGCCGUUUUUGCAUGCACCCCAAAAGUCGAGGUCUCAGUGGCAGCAGAGCAGUUCUUCCGAACGUUUUCUUCGUCUCUUGUCUGCUGGAUUGGCUGGCUCUUCUUCUUGUUCCUGCUCUAGCCCUCGCUACUCGCCGAUGGGCUAGUCACCAUUGGCUAGACGCUGGUAGUCGCGUGUCUGCUACCCUGUCUAUUUGAUUCUCAAAUAGUUUACGGGUAACGCUUUGUCGAACAUGUAAAAGACGUUGUUAGUGUUGGCUGAGAAAAACGACCUG